GAAGUAAUAUAGUUUACAGUCUCACUUAACUAAUUUGUAGCAAACGUGAUAGCCUAGCCUACUUCAUGAAGUUGCAAUUCAAGUCACGAUUGUAGCCUAUUAAUCCUCAUAAUGGAUCACCAUCAAUAUAAACAUCAUAAUAAAGACCCUACCUUGCUUCUGGUUUCUUGGAAUACCCUAGUGGAGGCUGGGUAACCUUUUGUGUAAGAAACUGUCACUAGCAUCAUAUUUCUCAGAGAGGGAGUAAGGGACGGGCAACACUAGAGGUAGAAGACCAGAACACCUCUAGAUUUUACAGGUAGCCCAUUCAAUAGACUACCGGACAGAUUUCAGAAGUAAUCUUCAGGCGUGCUGAAGUUAUAGGCCAGUCAACACCUCGAGGAACUACGGUGGACAGAAGACCAUCAUUUUGGAGAGCUCGUGUGUAUAAGAAAAGUAGAAAUGCGUGGGAUCCCGAACCUUGGGCGCGUGCCACUCCUGUGCACCUUGCUUUUUUGUUCGUUGCAAGGACGCUGGUGUGCUGUGACGGUCACUGUCACCCCCACGGUGGAGGCUCUGAAGGGGGAGACGGGCACCCUGCCCUGCUCCUUCGCCGUCACGCCCCCCUCCGAUAACGCCAUUGUUGAGUGGUUCAUCGAUGAGCCCGGUGCCCGCGCGCGGGUGGCCUACAGGCCCCAGUCCGGCGGGGAGGGCCGCAGCGACGAGGGCACCAAGCUGUCCGGGCGGGUGUCAAUGGGGGAGGACUUCUCCCUCUCCGUCGCCUCGGUGCAGGUGGAGGACCAGAGAAGCUUCCACUGCCAGGUGACGGCCGGGGCGGCCGGCGUCGGGGAGGGCACCACGGAGCUGAAGGUCUUCAAUGAGCCAGAUAAACCAGAGGUGAUGGGCUUGCCUGAAUUCAUUACCAUCUCAGAAAGUUCUGCGACGGAGAUCGGCCAGUGUGUGAGUAAGAACGGUCACCCGGAGCCUCGCCUGGUCUGGUACAAAGACUCCAGCCCCCUGGAAGAGGUGAAGGAGGUCAACGACAAGAUGUACAUGGUGUCCUCUGUGGUGCGGGAGGUGACGGGACUCUACACCAUGUCCAGCACCCUCUACCUGCAGGUCCGGAAGGAGGACAGGAAGUCGGCGUUCCACUGCAGGGUGGAGUACGUCAUGCUAAACGGCCUCGCCCAACACAAGGAUUCGGAGACCUUCACCCUCCCCCUGCAGUACCCCACGGAGCAAGUGACCUUUGCCCUGGUGAACCCUGACCCGGUCAAAGAGGGCGAUGACGUGCAGAUCAAGUGUGAGGCCGAUGGCAACCCCAAACCCGAGUAUGUCUUUACAUUCAAGAAAGAGGGAAAGGAAGAUGGGAGGAAGGAUGCUGUUGAGGGAAUCCUGACCCUGUCUCCGGUAACCCGUGACGACGCCGGCCUGUACCGCUGCGAAGCUCUGGACUUCGAUUCGUCCCCCGAGGUCGAGCUGGUGAAGGAGCUCACCCUGGCGGUCCACUACAUAGACCCCGUAACCGUGUCCCCCGCUGGCCCGGUGACCGCGCCUUUGGGAGGGAAGGUGGAGGUGACCUGCGACGCCGAAGCCUCGGCAGAACGCGCUCUGCAGUGGAAGAAGGGGUCGUCCGUGCUGUCCGAGACCGGGACCCUCGCCCUGGAGGACGUGAACUUCGCGGACGCGGGGGUGUACUCCUGCGUCGCCUCGGUGCCCAGCGUCCCCGGGCUCCAAGCGCACGCCAACGUCACGCUCAACGUGGCAGGGAAGCCGGAGAUCGACGCCCCCUCCGACGGCGUGGUGGAGAAGGAGGGCGACACCGUGACCCUCAGCUGCUCGGCCCGGGGCCACCCCGCCCCGCAGUUCACCUGGAAGCCCGCAGGGAACGAGUCCACGGCCGCGGAGGGCAACCGGGUGACCAGCACGGUCCGGCUGGAGGCCACGGCCGCCGUGCUGAAGGGCGGGGCCACCUGCGAGGCCACCAAUGAGCACGGAGCCGACUCCAAGCAGCUCAAGGUCGUCAUCGGCAAAGUUACUGCCACUGACGCUCCCACUCCUGACCGAGCGGACAAGCAGGCGGGUAACUCCAGCGGGGCAAUCAUCGCCGUGGUGAUCUCUCUGCUGCUCCUCCUCCUGCUGGCCUUGCUGCUGUACUUCCUGUGGAAGAAGGGAAAACUCUGCGGGAAAAAGGAGAAGAAGGGCGCAAAUGACGACGCGAACAACGGUACGGCGGUGGAGAUGUCGCCCGACAGAUCGAACGAGGAGAAGGGACUCCUGAACAAGCCGCCAGCUGCGGAUCAGUGAUGAACGAAAGGAAGGAGAUGUGGGGGGUAAUGACAGCUGGAGGAGUUAAUGGAUAUGAACUGGGACACAUUUAAUUUUCUACUCGAAGACAAACCUGAGAAAACCGGCAGGACUACAGUGAGAUGCAGUGUGGUUCGGGGCCUGGAAAAAAAAGUGAGGUGUCGAUGUGCUGUUAAUGUAUUCUGUGUAAAUUGUGACUAUAUAAAGAAGCCAACCCUUUCCAAUUAUAAAAAAACCCAGCCUUGUCAAACGCACAUAGCAAACUUAUAUGUGUUUAAUCAACUCUGUUUGGAUGAGUUUCUGUGUGGAGGGACCAGAUGUAUACUGCUUGAGCUAAGAGAGUAGAUUUUACACUGAACAUUUGCUGUGUAUCACAGACCUAACAGGGAAAUACAGGGACACAAUUAUACUACCCCAGACAAGAUUAAAUAGGCCUAUGUCAUUAUUACUGUAUUACAACUCAUAUAUAAUUGUUUUGUUUAUAUAUAUUGUUGCGAGAUGUGGUCUGUAGAUAUUGUGUCUUCCUGUGCGUGAAAUGAUGCCCUGAUAAUUGGUAUGAGAAAAUAGCAACAAUAGCACAAUGACAGGUCGGUCGGUGUAGAACCGCGGCUGUCAUCAACCGGUGGCCUUGGAAAUGUACUGCGGCGCGCGGUAGAGCAGGUUCAGUGUUACCAGCACUAGAAGCCAUUGCGGAGGAGACUGAUGAAUUGAAAAGUAAUAGUGUUUUUUCCCCAUUCAAAUAGAUGGUUUUAUAGUGAUUACUUAUGACUCUUUUGAAAAACGUUCCUUCCGUCAAAUUUAGACCGAACAAACAUUGCAUAAUCUUAGUUCUACCGAGUGUCUUAUUCUUAUCAUGCUAAAGUAUAUAAAAAAAGUAAUUUUAUGAUAAUCAGUACAUUUCGUUCCUGUUCAGUUAGUUUGGUAGUUACAUGUCAUGUGCCUGACAUGCCUUUUGUUAUAUUAACCCCCGGAAUUCAUGGGAAUCAUGCGGUAUUGCAGGGAAAGUGUUGUGCACUGAACAACUCUCCCGCUGUUCCGCACUGUACAAAAAACAUCCGGCUAAAUGGAAAACUCGUUUCUACAUUCCCCACAAGUCCCGGGCUACUAAAAUCAGCGGUGGAAAGUCCAGGGGUCAGAAAGACAAAGAAAAAGCUUCCACCCAUGAACUCAGUCAGCUGAUUUCACAUAGUUCUGCCUACUUCAAGAAGAACUGUGCUGAAGAAAUGUGCUAAUCGGCAAAUCCAGGUGAUUGGAACAGAACACUGGAGAGGACUUGUACUUUCUGUUUUUCAGGUCUGACGAAAAUAAAUCACCUGGUGAUGUUUAUGAUGAUGAUGAUGAUAAUGAUGAUAAAGACAACAGCAGUGAUUAACUCAAAUUAUAGGGUUGUAUCUAUGUAUGGUAUAGUUUUAAGUCCCGUCUUUUGCUUUCAGCAUGUUUUCCGAUGUACAAAAUUACAUUAAUUGUUUAACCUGUUAAGUUGGGGGAAAAAAACAUAUAACAUAUAACAUCCCCAUGUUGAUGAGACAUCUAAGAAAUCUGAGAUGGAAACCAAAGAAAUCCUGAUUAUUCGAGCAGAUUUUAUAAUCUGUGUUGACUGGUGCUUCGCUCAGGGGCAUGGCUUUGGCUCAUGGCUUAUCAGUGGUUUAUUGGGGUUUCAGCUCCUAGCUGAAGAGUUAUCACAACCAAAGACCGCUUCUCUUGUUUUACUUAUCCUGAAUUCUAAAAUCUUGACACUGGCUGGGCUUCAGUGCCGGAAAAAAAAAAUGCUUGCAUUGUGUUUUACAUCAAGCUGAAGUUUGUCUCUGAUAACCUUUGACAAAUCUGGACACUAGUCGAUGUUGAUCUAUAUACUCUGUAGAAAUAAAGUUUGAUUCUGUGGGAACCGCCGUGUCUGCAAAGCCCCUCUGUGUGUAGACCUGAUAAGAGGAGGCUGGAAUGGGCGUUUUUGUCGUCAUUAUUCAGUCUAAUACGCCGAUCCAACGUACAUUUUGAGAUUUCGGGUAACGGGACAGAACCUGCUCCUAGUUCUGGGCCUUGGUGUCCUACUUCCUCUCCCUUUAUAACGUAUUGGCCAGAACAGGUUUGUGUAAAUGUGGUGUAGGUCUCCACUGACAACACAACAUCAUAUUUCCUUACCUCAGCAGUGAAUGCGGUUUACGCAACACUUUCUAUUUCUAAAGCAACGAGUAGCAUAACGUGAUGCCUCUUAGUGCCAAACUGCUCAGGACGGGUGAAAGCAAAUUAAAGCAUUCCUAUAACCUGGAAUGCUGCUUAUUUAUGUAAAUUAGAUUUUUUGAAAAUACACAUUCUGUAGUAUUGUGAAACUACUGAGUUGCUAAUUCGUCUCUGCCUUUUUUUUUCAAACAUCUUGAGAAAAAAAGUGUAGCUAUAUUUUGAAUUUAAUGAAAUGUGCUGUGGAUACAAGUGUUUUUUUCAUUAUGGUAUAAACUACAUGUAUUUUUUUGUAUGCAGCGCACAAUUGGUUGCUUUUCUCUUUGUUGAAUAGAAUGUUAGUGAACCAACAAAUAAACUAGGCUAAAUGCCAUGCUUCCACUGCGUUCUUUUAAAUAGCUCUGUUAAACUACCUGUUAAACAUUAUGUGUGUUUCUUUACAUCUGCCAUUUUGUGCAGUCCGUCUAUUACAGAAUAAACAUAUAAAAACAG